AUGGCAGAGUCGUACCCAACUUUGACGCAGUGCGCCAUCGUCGCAACCGCGUUCAAAGUUCUCUUGUUUCCCGCGUAUAAAUCGACAGAUUUCGAGGUUCAUCGCAAUUGGCUCGCCAUCACCCACAGUCUGCCAGUAUCGCAGUGGUAUUACGAAACGACCUCAGAGUGGACUCUGGACUACCCUCCCUUCUUUGCCUAUUUCGAAUGGGCACUCGCCCAUUUGGCACGACUGGUCGACCCUGCCAUGGUCAGGCUGCACAAUCUCAACUACGAGAGCUGGCGAACCGUAUACUUCCAGCGAGCGACUGUCAUGCUAUCGGAGCUGGUCUUGGCAUAUGCCCUCCAACUUUUCGUCGACUCGGCCCCGGCGCCGUCGAAGCGAGCUGCUCAGGUCGCUGCACUGUCCGCAUUCCUCUCCCCCGGACUGCUCAUCAUCGACCACGUUCACUUCCAGUACAAUGGCUUCAUGUACGGCAUACUGGUUUGGUCUCUUGUGCUGGCUCGAGGCAAAUCCACGCUGCUGCCCAGCGGCUUGGUGUUUGCGGCUCUUUUAUGCUUCAAGCACAUUCACCUUUACCUCGCCCCCGCCUAUUUCGUUUUCCUCCUGCGAACCUACUGUCUCUCGCCAAGGUCGAUCUUCCAGCUCAGGUACUGGAACUGCGUCAAGCUGGGCUUGGGAAUAGUCUCCGUUUUUGCCGCAGCAUUCGGCCCCUUUGCUCUUAUGGGACAGCUUCCGCAGCUUCUGCGUCGACUUUUCCCCUUCUCUCGCGGGCUGUGCCAUGCCUACUGGGCACCCAAUGUGUGGGCACUCUACUCGCUGGCCGAUCGGGUUUUGAUCCAUUUUGCCCCGGUGUUGCGAUUGACGGUCAAGCCCGAAGCCCUGCAAAGUGUCACCAGAGGGCUUGUGGGCGAUACUAGCUUUGCAGUGCUGCCGGAAAUCUCGCCCAAGACAUGUUUCAUCUUGACCCUCGUCUUCCAGGCUAUACCGCUCCUGAAGCUCUUCUUCUCCUCUUCUCCCCCGACAUGGGAAGGCUUUAUCGGGGCUGCCACUCUCUGCGGAUACGCCUCAUUCCUAUUCGGUUGGCAUGUGCAUGAAAAAGCCGUCUUACUGGUCAUCGUACCCUUUAGCUUGAUCGCCUUGCGGGACCGGCGACAUCUGGGCAGCUUUCGACCGUUGGCGGUCGCAGGCCAUGUGUCCCUGUUCCCCUUGCUUUUCACCCCGGCGGAAUUCCCCGUAAAAACCAUAUAUACAGUAUUCUGGCUGGUUUUGUUCCUCAUGGCCUUUGACAGGCUGGCGCCGGCAUCCACCAAACCAAGGGUGUUCUUGCUGGACCGGUUCAGCACGGCGUACAUCGCGGUGAGCCUUCCGCUGAUCGUAUACACGGCUCUGCUUCAUCACAUUGCUUUUGGAAAGACGUACGAGUUUCUGCCACUGAUGUUGACCAGCUCCUAUGCCGCGAUAGGAGUCGUCGGCAGCUGGGUGGGAUACAUGGUUGUGUACUGUACUUCAUGA